AUGUCAUGGAAUUCUCUCGACGAAGAUCUACAUGAGGCAGAGUGUUUGCUCAACAUUAAAUUUCCAAACGAGUUGAAGAACAUUUUGAUUAUUAACGGGUAUAAUUCCUUGCGAGUGAUUGGAGAAAUUACUGAUGAUGAUAUCGCUGAUAUAGAAUCAUUUGCCCGAGAUAAUCUUCCGGAUAUGAUUGCCAAAGAUGAUUCCGAUGUUACUUCAAAUUCCUCGUACAAUUCUAAUGAACAUUUUUCUCUUGAUGAAUCGACAGAUAUGGAAGACUUUUCCGUAGAACAAACAAAAAUUGAUUCACUGAACAAUGAGGACUCCUCGGAGGACUCCAAUGAAGAUGAAAUUGAGAGUGAAAAAUGUUAUGCCACAUAUUAUGACUCUCAGUGGUAUACUGGAAGGCUGAUAGACAAAGUCGAGAAUGAGAUGGAAACAGGAGAUAGCAGGAAUUGUUACUACCGGCUGAAAUUUCUACAUCAAAACCUACAAGAUUUUUUUUUGCCGAAGACCCAAGAUGUAGACAUGGUUUUGAGAUCACAAAUAUUUUAUGGUCCAAUAACUAUGAUUGGAUGUGAAACAUCACUGCGAAUUUCUCGAGAAGAUCGGGCAAACAUAGAGAAAAAAUAUAGAGAUUUCAAGAAAGACCUAUAG